AUGAAGAGUGUUUUAAGAGAAGAAAAAGAAGGUUCCUGCUGUGAGAGAAGCCAAGACAAAGGCUCCUGCUGUGCCAGAAACCCUUCAGAAGGAGCAAAGGAAUUUUGUGGAGCUGAAGACCAAGCCCCUGAGAAAGAAAUCUUCAAUGGCACCUCCAUUAAGCUGAACAAGGCCUCAAUUAACCAGCUGAGAAUUAUGGGACCAUAUGUUGUAUGGAGGUACCUGAUCCUGAAGUCAGUAAAUGAACUAAUAAGCUAUAAGUGUGGUUAUGGCAAAAUCAAUAAGAAGCAAAUUGCCUUGACAGAUAACUCUCUGAUUGCUCAAUCUGUUGAUAUCUCCACUAAAAUAUAUCAUUCUGAAACUAAAGACAUAGACAAUGCCCCAAGAAUUGAAACAACUGAAAAUACUGCAAAAAUGUACAAAGUAUCAACCAUGAGACGAAUAUUCAAUCUGGCAAAACAUCGAACAAAAAGAUCAACCUUUUUCCCAACUGGGGUUAAAAUUUGUCCACAAGAAUCCAUGAAACAGAUCUUAGCCAGUCUUCAAGCUUAUUAUAGAUUGAGAGUAUGUCAGGAAGCAGUGUGGGAAGCCUAUCGGAUCUUUUUGGAUCGCAUCCCUGAUACAGAGGAAUAUCAGAACUGGAUCAGCAUCUGUCAGCAAGAGACCUUCUGCCUCUUUGACAUUGGGAAAAACUUCAGCAACUCCCAGGAGCACCUAAAUCUUCUUGAGCAGAAAAUAAAACAGAGAAGCUUUCCUGAGAGAAAAGAUGAAACCUCCACAGAGGAGACCUUGGAAGAGCCCAGUGAAAUCCCUUUGUUUUCAACAGAUGUUCCUGGUGUCUCACUCGGGCCUCUCCCUCUCACUCCUGAUGACAUAGUCCUCAAUGAGAUUCUCAAUACCACCCUCAACAUUAGCAAGAUGCCUACAACAGAAGGAGAAACAGAAUUUAUUGAUGUGUCUGAGGGCCCACUGGAGCAAAAAGUAGAGUUCAGCAUCUCUCUGGCAAACCAGAAGUUCAACACAGAGCUCGCUGACUCCCAGUCCCCAUCUUACCAGGAGCUAGCAGCAAAGUCUCAACUUCAGAUUCAAAAGGUAUUUAAGAAACUUCCAGGAUUCAAAGAAAUCCAUGUGUUAGGAUUUAGACCAAAGAAAGAAAGAGAUGGUUCAAGCUCCACAGAGGUGCAACUUGUGGCCAUCUUCACGAGAGACAAGACAGAAGCAGAAAGCCCUGCAAGUGACCUCCUGUCUUUUGAUUCCAACAAAAUUGAAAGCGAAGACAUCCCUCAUGGAACCAUGGAGGAGGACAAGCAACCAGAAAUAUCUCUAUCAACUAUCAAUCUCAGAAGGCUGAUCAGCAGAGUACUAGAGGAAGAUCAAUCCUUGGAUGUGGGGACAAUUCAGUUCACUGAUGACACUGUUGGGUCAUUGCCAGACUCCAGUCCUGACAUCCAGUCAGGGCUACCUACACCCCCUGCUGAUAUCACAAUGGAUACUACUUUGAGUCCAGCAGUUCCUCUUGGUGAACCAAAACUUGAAACAGUGGACAGAGCAGAGGAUGGUCUACCUGACAGUUUUUGGUCUCCACCUUCUAUGGCCUCCACCACUCUACCGGAAUCUCUACCAAUCUUCACUGCUUCGAGCAUCCUCUCUCUGACUGACCAGAGCACCACAGAUAUAAUGUCCAUUGAUGGGACAGUUCCAGGGAUCACUGUCCCCACCACUAUCAGCCAAUUGGCUCUGGAAAUUUCUCACUCACCUGCAUUUUCAGGUGACAGCAAGUUGAGUACUGGCCGCCAAGAUACGAUCAGAGACCUAGAUGAAGUGGAUCUGUUCAGCUCUCCCGUCUCGUCUGAUAUACCAGAAUUCAGUGGCUAUCUUUCUACCCCGGAUCAUUUCCUGGAGAACACUACUCCCAUCCUUUUGCAGUAUAUCACCACUAGCUCCAUGACCAUUGCUACCAAGGGCCGAGAGCUAGUAGUGUUCUUCAGUCUGCGUGUGGCCAACAUGCCCUUCUCUGACGACCUAUUCAAUAAGAGCUCUCUGGAGUACCAAGCUUUGGAACAAAGAUUCAUAGAGCUGUUGGUUCCGUAUCUACAAUCCAAUCUUACAGGAUUUAAGCAACUCGAAAUACUUAACUUCCGAAAUGGGAGUGUGAUUGUGAAUAGCAAAAUAAAGUUUGCUAAGGCGGUGCCGUAUAACCUCACCAAGGCUGUGCAUGGGGUCCUGGAGGAUUUUCGUUCAGCUGCGGCCCAACAACUUGAUCUGGAAAUAGACAGCUACUCUCUCAACAUUGAACCAGCUGAUCAAGCCGAUCCUUGCAAGUUCCUGGCCUGCGGUGAAUUUGCUCAAUGUGUGAGAAACGAGUGGACUCAGGAGGUGGAAUGUCGCUGCAGACCGGAGUAUGAGAGCCAGGGGAACCUGGACCACCAGGACCCAGGCCUCUGUGCCCCUGGAGAGGAAUGUGAGGUCAUGAAAGGAAAGAGAGUUCCAUGCAGGUUACCAGAUCACUAUAAAAAUCAAGCAUAUGAAACGAGUGUUGAAAAGCUCCAACAUCAGCAAAAUAUCAAGGUAACCAAGAAGAGAGAUUCCGAAUUACUGAAUAUAGAAUAUGAAGAAUUUAACAACCAUCAAGAUUGGGAAGGAAAUUAA